ACCACAGAACUGUACCGCCAGCCCACCGUCAAGCCUGCUUCCACAACAAAGAUGGUUGAAACGUUCAGCCAAUCUCAGGUUACGCAGUCAGGGGACGUGACGUCUGGUUGAGGUGGCGCGAAAAUUUGGGCGGAAGUUUGACAGCGGUAGGAUAUUUUGUUUUCUUGUUUUCUUUUUUCCAGCAUACUGUAGCUAAUCCCCGUAUAAUAAAUUGAUAAUCUACAGUUAAAAUUCUAAAUUAAAUUUGUCGAUAAUCAACACGAAUAACGCACGCGGAUAUGCUAUGCAGCUAAACCACAAUAUUAAUAUGUGAUGAAAACUAGUUAUCCAGUAGGUUUCUGUGUCAGAAAGUUGUUUUAGCAAGACCACCGUUUUAGGGAAGUAACCUCGUUCGCAAACAAACGUACCUUGGCGCUAACACUUACAUUUUGUGAUUUAGCUAGCUAUCGAUUUUUGAGUACCCAUUUCAAAAGGUACUAUUAGCUAACUCAAAGACGAUGUCGGACGCGUUGUCUGAAGCAAGCGACUUGAGUGCCGAUGACAGUCAGGAUGUAAUGACACCGGCUGAGCUGAUUGCUAAACUGGAAGAGGCCUGGCUGAAUGAAAAGUUCUCCCCGGAGCUGCUGGAGAACAAGUCCGAGAUUGUGGAGUGUGUGAUGGAGCAGCUCACUCACAUGGAGGAGAACCUGCAGCGCGUGCGGAAGGGAGACGUGAAGGCCAGCAUCCACCGCAUGGAGAUCGACAGGAUCCGAUUCGUCCUCAGCAGCUACCUCCGCUCCCGUUUGCAAAAGGUAGAGAAAUACUUCCCACACAUCCUGGAGAAAGAGAAGUCGCGGGCAGACGGAGACCCCUCGUUCCUUUCUCCUGAGGAGUUUGCCUUUGCCAAAGAGUACCUGGCCAACACAGAAACAUAUCUGAAGGCGGUGGCUCUCAGACACAUGCCCCCCAAUCUACAGACUGUGGAUAUGCUGAAAGCAGUACCCGAGCCCUGCCUGGACUCUUUCGUGUUCCUGCGUGUGAAGGAGCGGCAGGAGAACAUCCUGGUGGAGCCCGAGACGGACGAGCAGAGGGAGUAUGUUGUUGACCUGGAGGAAGGCUCCCAGCAUCUGAUGAGAUACCGCACUAUAGCGCCCCUGGUGGUCAGCGGGGCAGUGCAGCUCAUAUAGGAACGGAGGUCAUCUGGACUGGGACCUCACUCUCUUCCCGCCCUGCCUCCAAGCACACACGGCGGCAACGUUUGGAGAUGCUGACAAAGUGCACUGUAGCUGUCCAACUAUUACAUAAGGGAGCUUUAACCAAAUUUACCCAUUACAUUGCAGGACAUUUUUGAAUUGCUCUUUUUGUGGGGGGUUUAUCAACAACUGAUGCUCUGUUAUUCUAGGUAUAUCCGUUAAAUUAGAAACCUCUUCAUGUCUUGUCAGGCUUUCCUCUAACACAGUCAGUAUGGAUGGUGGUGAAAAAGAUAUGUGCGAAGGAGACAGGCAGCAGUUGUGGUACCUCAGGAAGCUGUCACUAUAAUGAGAAAUUGAUGGCAGCAGCAUGCUAGGACUUGACCUGUGCUUGAAUAGAGAUCAAAAAGGAGUAAUAAUAAUUUUUUUGUGGUUUUGGGCCGAUGUGCACUACUUCAUAGAGUAGCUGUUGAAUUAUAGAAUAGCUGUUUGCGCUCUUUGCCACUUCACCCACAGCAGUGAUUUUCCAUGGGCACUAGCAUACUAGAAUGGCUCGGCACCACAGUCCUCCAUAUAACACCAGUCACAUGUUACCCAUGUGCCCGUGCAGUACUCUGAAGAGGACACUGGUCCAGUGGGACAGAGAUGCUGAGAUUCAAGCAUUGAAAAUGGUGAGGAGUGGAAUUGGUGCACAAUGGCAGAGUUUGUCUUUAUCAUGUAGCACUAGCUGCUGUCACAUUCAUAAAUUAGGAAAAUGCAGUUUUCAAGAAUAGCUUUCAGGGAUCCACUCUUCCUGUAGGUUUUUGAAAACCUUUAAUGCAACCUUUAAUGUUAUGAAUGUUAAAAUUAAAAGAGUGAAAUUUCUUGGA